AAGAACGCGCUGCUUUUAAGCAGUCGCUUAAUAGAGACGGACAUGGACAGCGGAUAGUAUCGCAUCAGGGCAAUACAGUAUAUUUAAGAGAAGACCGCGUAGUGGUGGUUUCGUCUGAUAUAUUAGGAGGCAAGGAGACGGGUCGGAGGAGGAGCACGUUGCUCGCGCGUCUGCUUGAGCUCUGCUGCGGUGCGUUUUAUCCUUCGGCAACGAAUUUUUCGCGAGAUUUUUGUCGGAUUCGUGGGAGAUUGUUGCAUCGUCAAAAUGCCAGAGAACGGAAUGCCAACGUGCGAAUUGAACAUAGACGAUUCGACAGCCGUUCCGAAAAAAACUAUAAGCGACAGUAACAGAAAUCCCGAGAUUACUUAUGGCAUUGAUGACGCUCCGCCGUGGUAUCUGUGUUUAUUCAUGGCAUUGCAGCAUUACUUAACUAUGAUUGGUGCCAUUGUUUCUAUUCCUUUCAUUCUAACGCCAGCCCUCUGCAUGGCCGAAGAUGAUCCCGCGAGAAGCCACAUUAUUUCUACGAUGAUCUUUGUUACUGGUCUAAUAACGUUUAUUCAAACUACCGUAGGAUGUAGGUUGCCAUUGGUGCAGGGUGGCACCAUAUCGUUCUUGGUGCCGACUCUGGCGAUAUUGAAUUUGCCGCAGUGGCAGUGUCCCGCGCCGGAAGUCCUCGAACAAAUGUCCCACGAGAACCGAACUGAGCUUUGGCAGAUUCGGAUGAGAGAACUGUCGGGUGCCAUCGCUGUUUCCGCCUUGUUCCAAGUGAUCAUCGGGUUUGGAGGUAUCGUCGGAUAUUUGCUGAAGAUUAUAACUCCACUGACGAUCGUGCCGACGGUUUCGCUAGUCGGGCUGUCCCUCUUCGAAAACGCAGCGGACGCCGCGUCUCAGCAUUGGGGUAUCGCGGCUGGAACGAUAAUAUUACUGACAACAUGCUCUCAAAUAAUGGUCAACAUUUCAUUUCCGUUCCUAAUAUAUCGCAAAGGCCAAGGACUCCACGUUAUCUGGUUCGAAUUGUUCAAACUCUUCCCAGUUUUGCUGACGAUAAUCAUUAUGUGGAUAAUUUGCACCAUACUAACGGUGACCGACACUCUACCGUUCGGUCAUCCCGCCAGAUCGGACAGCAAAUUGAGAAUUAUAAACGACUCACCCUGGUUUCGCGUACCGUAUCCCGGACAGUGGGGCGUACCCACCGUAACGUUAUCAGGCGUACUCGGUAUGUUAGCGGGAGUAUUAGCGUGCACGGUCGAGUCGAUCAGCUACUAUCCGACUACCGCGAGAAUGUGUGGAGCUCCACCGCCACCGGUUCAUGCGAUCAACCGUGGUAUCGCCAUAGAAGGUUUGGGCACGAUGCUGGCCGGUCUUUGGGGUAGCGGCAACGGCACGAAUACGUUCGGCGAGAACGUCGGCACGAUAGGGGUCACCAAAAUCGGCAGCCGCAGAGUCAUACAGUGGGCCUGCUUCCUGAUGAUCCUGCAGGGUGUGAUCAGCAAAUUCGGCGCGGUGUUCAUCAUAAUUCCCGAGCCGAUAGUCGGCGGAAUAUUCUGCGUGAUGUUUGGGAUGAUUUGUGCUUUCGGCCUAUCGGCGUUACAAUAUGUAAAUCUUAAUUCCUCAAGAAACUUAUUUAUCCUGGGCUUGUCCAUGUUUUUCCCUUUGGUCCUGUCGAAGUGGCUGAUCAAAUAUCCGGAUACGAUACAAACGGGAAACUCUGUAGCGGACAGCGUGUUCACCGUAUUACUUAGCACCACUAUUUUAGUAGGUGGUGCGUUAGGCUGUUUACUGGAUAACAUCAUCCCAGGUAACGCAAAAGACCGUGGAUUGGAAGCUUGGGCGAAGGAAAUGGAGCUGCCCGAUCGCGCGACUGACAAGAAAACCGACGAAGUGUCUGAUGUUGAGUACACCUGGAAUACCUUCGAUUUACCGUUCGGAAUGAGUCUGUUGAGAAGGUGGAAAUGGACUUCAUAUAUACCGUUUUUACCUACUUACCAAAAGCGAUAAAUGCAUUAAGGAUAUAUAAACACGCAACUACCUCAUGUGCAUACGCCUGUUUGUUAAUUAAUCGAAAAAAAUGUGAUAUGUAAAAAGUCGAUCGACAAAUGUGAUAUCACAUAACGUUAUAAAAAAUUUUAUGACACAUGAUUUAUACCGCUUCCAGUCUUAAUUUCAGAUAUCAUAGUUGCUUUAUCAUGUUUGCGAAAUUACAAUUUAAUGCGUGGAGGCUUUCACAAGAUAAAGAUAAAGAUUUAUAUGAUAAAGAUAAAAUCGAUAUUAUAACUGCUAGGAUUAUUUCGCAACAUUAUUUCUUAAAAAGAAAGUUAUAAUUAUAUUAACAUAUUGUAUAUUAAAUAAUAAAAAA